AUGUCAGAAACCGAGGCAAACAUUGGGAUGGCCCGCAACGCUGGGCCUGAUGAGAAGACGGUGCAGGUGUUGUGAGACAUAGCCAGCUGUCUGCGAAUCUGUUCCAUCAGGGCCACAAGUACUUCCACCACUAGGGCUUGGGGACUACCAUUUGUUAAUGUGGCAACAAUGGGAUGGUCUGGGCAAGGACUAUGGGCUGCCUGUGGGAUGGCAUAUACUGGCAAGUACUUUGACCAAGCCACUGAGCCCCAGAAGGGUCUUGUUUCUUACUACUGGGUCUUCUGUCUUCUGGGUGAUGGGAAGUUCACAGAAGUCUCUGUCUGGGAGGCAUUGGCCUAUGCAUCCUGCUACAGUCUGGGCAAUCUCGUAGCAAUCUUUGAUGUGAACCGCUCCAUGUCAGUUGAGCACUGCAUUGCUCUCUACCAGAAGUGUUGUGAAGCCUUUGGGUAGAAUACUUAUGUGGUGGAUGGCUGUUACAUGAAGACCCUAUGCCUUGUAUUCUCACAGACAGCUCAAGUGAGAGGCAAGCCCACGGCUGUAGUUGCUAAGACCUUCAAGGCCUGAACAAGGCAUGUCAAGUAUGUUGAGGAUGCAGAAAGUUGGAAUGGAAGGCCAUUGCCAAAAGAAAGCGCAGAUGCAAUUAUUAAAUUAAUUGAGAGCCAGAUACAGUCCAACAGGAUUCUUAUACCACCACCCCCUGUUGAGGACUUACCUCAAAUCAACAUCUUGGAUAUAAAUAUGACCUCACGCCCUGUUUACAUAGAUGAUGACAUGGUGUCUACUCAAAAAGCAUGUGGUUUGUCUCUAACUAAACUGGGCCUUGAAAAUGACAGAGUUAUUGUGCUGGAUGAUGAUACCAAGAACUCCAACUUUUCUGACAUAUUCAAGAAAGAACACCCAGAGAGAUUCAUCCAGUGUUAUAUUGCUGAAAAAAACAUGGUGAAUGUGACUCUGGAAUGUGCCACCUGUGACUUGACCAUUGCUUUAGUUUGCACUUUCACUGCCUUUUUCUCCUGAGCAUUUCAUCAGAUAUAUAUGGGAGCCAUCUCUCAUAACAUCAACCUUAUUGGUUCCCAUUGUGGGGUAUCCAUUGGUGAUGACAACCCCUGUCACAUAGCCCUGGAAGACUUGGCCAUGUUCAGAGCAAGUCCCAACUGUAGUGUUUUCUAUCCAAGUGAUGCCAUCUCCACAGAGCAUGCUGUUUAUUUGACAGCCAAUACUGAGGAACUGUGCUUCAUUCGUACCAGCCAAGCAGAAACUGCAAUUAUUUACACUACUCAAGAAACACUUCAGAUUGGACAGGCGAAGGUUGUCCACCACAGUGACAAUGACAAGGUCACAAUUAUUGGAGCAGGAGUCACUCUGCAUGAAGUCCUGCUGGCUGCUGAUGAGCUCUCUAAAGAAGAUGUCUCUAUCCAUGUCAUUGACUUAUUUACCAUUAAACUUCUGGACACUGUCAUUUCUAAUGCAAAAGCUACAUCUGGCCGAAUUAUCACUGUGGAGGAACACUACCCAGAAGGUGUGUUUGAUACAUUGGGUAUGGUUUUGCUGAUCCCGCAGGCCGGGGCAAGUGGUGCCCAAUGUGGAGACCCAGGUAUGAGGGCUUCGAUGAAGAACGUCACUGAGGAGAGCCGGCCAUAUCAAAAAGAAAAGAAACAGAAGUAG